AUGAUAAUUAAGGUCAACUCGGCUCAAACUUUGGAGAAUGCAGAUUCCAAGCAGGUUCAAAAUGGAAAUGCGUGCAAAGAUGAGAAAUGUGUAAGAAUAUACGCCGACGGAAUAUACGACCUCCUGCACUUAGGCCACAUGCGGCAAUUAAAGCAAGCGAAGCAAAUGGAAAAGGAAGUGACGCUCAUCGUAGGGGUUUGCAGUGAUAUGGACACAAGAAAAUUUAAAGGACAGAUUGUGCAAACAUUAGAAGAGAGAACGGAAACCUUGAAACACAUUCGGUGGGUGGAUGAAAUAAUUUCUCCAUGCCCUUGGGUGAUAACUCCCGAGUUCAUGGAGGAGCACAAAAUAGAUUUUGUAGCGCAUGACGAUAUUCCCUAUGCUAAUAAUCAAAAGAAGAAGAAGAAAAAAAAAAGCAAAUCGAUCAGUUUUGAAGAACCAGGUAAUGAUGUCUAUGCGUGGUUAAAGCGGGCAGGAAAAUUCAAGGCUACGCAGAGGACAGAAGGAAUAUCCACCACGGACAUCAUCGUGAGAAUUUUAAAAAAUUAUGAAGAUUAUAUUGAGCGAUCGUUACAGAGGGGUAUACACCCAAACGAACUAAACAUUGGCGUCACAAAGGCACAGUCAAUUAAGAUGAAAAAGAAUCUAAUAAGGUGGAGUGAGAAAGUCACGGACGAGUUGACUAAAGUAACCCUGACGGAUAAACCCCUCGGUACCGACUUCGACCAGGGAAUCGACAUAAUAAGAGACAAGGUGCAUGGAUUAUUCAAACUGUGGAGACAGCAUUCGAAAAAGCUUCUAAAAGAUUUUGCAAAAUCAUUCGAUCCCAUGUUUAUAAUUAUUCGAAAAAGAAAUAAAAAAGACAACCUCUCGGCGAUGUACUUGUCCGAUUCCAACUUUUUUCUGAGGACUGUCAAAGAGAAUUUAAAGAAAAGAAACAGUUUAAGUAACACUAUAGACAACAUUGAUGAAUAUUACUACUCGGCUGAUGAGGAUGAUGACAGUAGCAGGGUAGCCAACGCCUUGGGGAUAAUUAGCAGAGUUGCCAAUGAGUCUUAUAAUAAUAAUAACGAUAUAGAUAAUUAUGAAACGUGUUUUGAGUUGGAGGCUUCUUUGAAGGAACGACGCCGGUGGGGAGGCCCCGUUGGGAGCAACGCCAGAAGUAAACACACACGCGAUGAUAAUAAUCCCAAGUUAGGCCCAGACGAACUGCUAUCAGUUUGCAGUGAAACAGGAAGGAAUAACGGCCCUCCGUCAAACCAUUCCAAUGGGAGCCCAAAUGAGCAGCCAAUAAACACAAGCAGUAUAAACAGAAAAAGCGAUUCCCAUUUGUACAAUAAGAAGACGUACCAUGAUGUAAUUGAUGAAGGGCAUCUCCCCAUGGGGGAAAUAAUCAACGAGGGUGUGUUGGAAAAGAAUUUCAACGAGAUGGCCUCUUGCAGAGAACACAAAAGUAGCAAUUACCAUAAGGACGAAUAUAACAGCUGCUCAGAUGAGCAAUCUAGAGAUAGCAAGUGUAGUCACAUGAAAAUAAAAAGAAGGAGUAACUCCAGUAAGAAUAACUUAUCAAAUGUGAACAAAAUGGAAGAUUCUGCAGAGGGAAGUCAUUUUAGCUGCAGCGAAGGAGGCAGUAGCCGCAGUAACAGCAGUAGUUAUAGCAGCGCCAGUGGUGGAACGGGCCACUCUCCAGAAACCAGUGACGCCUCGGAAUGUCCCAAAAGGAAGGACAAACGGGGCGUUGUUACCGGGGAGGGGAACCGCCAAGGCGAUGACCCCCAGGGAGUGAACAAAUCGAGUCAGGGAAAAACGGAAGAAGCUGACCAAACAGACGAAGUGGACGAAGCGACCGAAGCUAACGAAGCGGGCAAGACAAUCCCAAAGGAAAAGAAAAAAAUUGUAAUUUAUGCAGACGGAGUGUACGACAUGCUGCACCUUGGGCACAUGAAGCAACUGGAGCAAGCGAAGAAGAUGUUCGAAAAUACAAUCCUCAUAGUAGGUGUGACUGGCGACAAUGAGACGAAGCUCAUCAAAGGACAGAUUGUGCAAACAAUGGAAGAGAGAACUGAAACGUUGAGGCACGUCAGAUGGGUAGACGAAAUAGUAGCUCCUUGCCCUUGGGUGAUAACCCCCGAGUUUAUGGAGGAGCACAAAAUUGACUUUGUCGCGCAUGACGAUAUUCCCUACGCGAAUAAUCAAAAGAAGAAGAAAAAAAAAAAAAACAAAUCGAUCAGUUUUGAAGAAUCUAGUGAUGAUAUAUACGCGUGGCUGAAGAGAGCCGGGAAGUUCAAACCUACGAAGCGGACAGAAGGAGUAUCCACCACGGAUCUCAUCGUAAGAAUUUUAAAAAAUUAUGAAGAUUAUAUUGAGCGUUCGUUACAAAGGGGUAUCCAUCCCAACGAACUCAACAUCGGUGUCACAAAGGCACAGUCAAUUAAGAUGAAAAAGAACCUCAUCAGGUGGGGAGAAAAAGUCACAGACGAGUUAACCAAAGUCACCCUUACCGAUAAACCCCUCGGUACCGACUUUGAUCAAGGGAUUGAAAACCUCCAAAUAAAAUUUAAAGAAUUAUUUAAAAUAUGGAAAAAUGCAUCUAACAAAUUAAUCAAUGAUUUUACAAGCAAACUUGACACCAUGUCGUAUUUGUCUUCCCUCCAGAACUUCGUCGACAAUGAGUACGAGCUGUACGACUCUGCUAGCAGCGUCUGCGACGAAGAAACCAACAGUUGA